CACUUUCCGUCACGCGGCGUUUCGCAAGCAAACCACUUGCAGUCGUCAAGAAGCCCGCACCCGGCCCCCAAUCGACAUGGAACAUCGCCAUCUCAGACGCACAGAGGAGGAAGCUUGAUACGUCUUAUCUCCGGCAAUCCCAGACAAUGCGCGAGUCGAACCACGAGGCGGUGUAUCUACAAUGGCCCGGCAAGCGGAAGCUGAGACCAACGAUGACGGCGCGUCCAAGGUGACCUCUCCAUCGUCAUCCCCGCCGCCCCCGCCGCUUCCGCCCCGUCGAAAUCCGUCGGGCGAGGGCCCUGCGCAGGUUGCGCCCGCUCAAGCGAAGCCCACAACGGCCGUCUCUUCCAUCGACAUCUCCACCCUGUCGUUCCCCGACGGCUCUCGCGGCACCUUUUCUACCAGUGCGGCGCAAGCCACCUCCGGCCCAACUGUCAGCGGAUAUGUGACGCCUGUGGGCGACAUUGCCGAUUCCAUGAGCAUCAUGAGUUUUGCUCCCACUCUGCGGGCCCAUGGAGACCUCGCCAGCCUGGUUGCGGGCGGGCUUAAUCGGAAGAGCCGCGCCUGGAAUAUGCUGAGGUCACAGAGCGAGACGGUCCAGCCGUUUGAGAGCAUCGAGCUUGGCGCUCCGGGUGAUCUCGCUGGAUUUGAAAGGGAGUUCGACGAGAUCCCCAAUGACACCACCGACGAUGUCAGGCUGGCCAUCUGGAAGUCCAAGAUGAAGCACUACAUGAUUCUGUCAUCUGCCGGGAAGCCCAUCUACAGCCGGCAUGGUGAUUUGAGCCUCGUUAAUUCCUACAUGGGCGUCAUACAAACCAUUAUCUCGUUCUACGAAGGCGCCAACAACCCGCUCCUAGGGUUCACAGCCGGCAACGCGCGGUUUGUGAUCGCCAUUGAAGGGCCGCUGUAUUUUGUAGCCAUCAGCAGGCUGGGUGAGAGCGAUUCCCAGCUCAGGAGUCAGCUGGAGGCUUUGUACAUGCAGAUAUUGUCCACCUUGACCCUCCCAACGCUCAAGAACAUCUUCGCGCAUCGCCCGUCCACUAACCUUCGGAAGCCCCUCGAGGGAACCGAGUUGCUGCUCUCCUCACUAGCCGACAGCUUUACCAAGGGCUCCCCAUCUACACUUCUUGGUGCGCUUGAGUGCCUCAGGUUAAGAAAGUCGCAGCGCCUCGCAAUAAACAACGUCUUCCUCAAAAGUCGCAGCGAAAAGCUGCUGUACGGGCUCAUUGUCGCUGGCGGGAAGCUGGUCAGCGUCAUUCGGCCGCGGAAGCACUCUUUACAUCCGAGCGAUCUCCAACUGAUCUUCAACAUGCUCUUCGAAUCAGGCAGCAUCAAGUCGGGCGGUGGAGAGAGCUGGAUCCCCCUCUGUCUCCCGGCCUUCAACAACAGCGGCUAUCUUUACAUGUAUGUGAGCUUCUUUGAUGGCAGGCCCGACGCAGCUUUCGUUGGCGAGACGGCCCAGCAAACCCAUGAAGGAUCAUCCAACAACAGCACCAACGAGAACAACAGCGACCGCGCGAGCAAUAACGUAGAGGACGAAGAGGAAAUUGCCAUAAUCCUGAUCUCCCCGGACAAAGAGUCCUUCUACGACCUCCAAGAAAUGCGCGACAAGCUCGCCGCGCAGCUCACCAAAUCCGGCCAUCUCUCCCUCAUCCGCUCUGCUGCCCGCGAGGGCCGUCCCAGGAUACAGUCCAUCGCUCCUGGCGCGCAAGUCUCGCAUUUCCUCUACAAAUCCCGCGCAAACGUGCAGUUCUGCAUGUCCUCCGCUGAACCAACCGCGGCAGAACCAUCCGGCCCAGAGAAGCUGCUUACCCGCCGCCGAUUGAUGACCCUGUAUCACGAGCUCCACGCCUCCAUGCAUGCGAAGCACGCCCAUCUGAAGGUCCUGCAUGCCGUGAGCCAGGACGCAGCCAGUCUGGCGUGGAUCACGCCCAUCUUCGAGUUUUAUUGCGUGGCUGGGCCGAAUGUCUCGCGCGCUGCUAUGGCGCAGGGAGCGAAUAGGAUCAUACAGUGGGCCAAGAGGGAGGAGGAGAGGCUGUUCAUCAUUGGUGGAGGGGUGUUUUAGGGAGGCGCGUUCCGUGAGGGCGACGGUUCGGAUGACGACGUGUGGGAGUGAUGAUGGUUCUUGCAUGUGAGGAGCUGUGGUGUAAAGAGGUUGGACACAACAGAGGGACGUAAGACGCAAGGAUGAAAGCGUUACAAGACUUUUACUGGUUGCUGAUUUAAGCCAUACCC